AUGACCGAAUCGAACCAGAAGCGAAGGCGACGUGUUGCAAUUGUCGGGGGAGGUGCAGCUGGCAUGGCAUGUGCCGCCACGCUGGCAAAUCACCCUGACAAGUUUCACGUUACCCUUCUGGAGAAGCAUGAGGUUCUUGGCGGCCAGGCAAGCUCGAUUGACUUGGAUGAGCGACGAUACGGCGCUUCUUGGAUGAAUAACGGCGUCCAAGGAGGGUCACAGAUCUUCAAACAUACAUUUAGAUUCUUUGAACAGUAUGGAUACCCGCCUCACAAGGUACAGCUGCAGGUUGCUUUUGGAAAGGGGCAAGAUGGGUUCUGGACAAAUGUCUUCCCGAGUAUUCUUGUGCAAAAGUUUGCCUCUGAUAUCAAGCGGUUCGGGCUGUUCCUCAGAGUGGUUAAAUGGACUCUUCCAAUACUCGGACUCGUUCCUAUAUCCAUCAUGCUGCGCGUGUUCAUGUUCGACAAAGAAUUCGGCGACAAGAUGGUGUAUCCACUUAUUGCUCUCUUUCUAGGCACCGGAAAUCAGACCGCCAACGUUCCGUCAGGCAUUGUCGAACGUCUUUUCGACGACCCCAACAUGAAGCUGUGGGAUUAUGACAGCGCAACUUUGCUGCCUAAUCUUCCGACCAUGUACACAUUUGAUAAUCUGCGGCAGUUUUACAAAACAUGGGGCAGCGAUCUUACCGCGAAAGGCGUAGACAUUCGAACCGCCCACCAAGUUUGCGCCGUGUUGUGCAGAUCAAGAGAGGGAGUUAGACUCCGAAUCCGAAAUCUCCGCACCGAGGAGGUCACAGAUGAAGAAUUCGAUGAACUUGUUCUCUGCACACUAGCCGAUGACAGCCUGUCAAUCCUUGGGGAAACUGCAUCCUGGCGAGAACGAUUCGUCUUGAAGGGUGCGGCAUUCUACGACGACAUAACUGUAACCCACAGCGACAAGAGGUACUUCGAAAAGCAUUACGAAACCUCCUUUAAACCCCAUCUCUGUGCGGAUCCUACAAGUGAUAGUCAAGAACAACAAAUCUCCUUCGCCAAAGGUUCCGCUGCGCAACCAGAAGGCUUCCGCCCAAUGUACUUUACGUACACGUACAAACAGAAUCCUCGGCUCAUAGAAAUGUCGUUCAACUGCAGCAAUUAUCAACACCAGCUUGUAGCUGCAAAGAAUAAUGGCAGACAAGAGUUAGAACCUGUGUACCAGUCCAUUUUUCUCGAUAAACACCGAGACAAUCUGUGGACUAUUGGGGAAAUCGACGAGAACAAAAUCAUCAAACGCAAUUGGUGGCAUCAGUUGGGCCAUAGAUGGCAGCAUUACCUCCGCGUCGUUCCAGGCAUGAUGUUCCUCAAUGGUAAGAACAGCACCACAUUUGCUGGUUCGUGGACCCUUGUCAACAUGCACGAACUUGCUUGCGUGAGUGGGAUCGCAGCUGCAUAUCGCCUCGGUGCCGACUAUUCAAGAUUCGAUGAUUUCGCAACCGACUUUUUUGCAAAGUAUCUUUUCCUGUCUCAUGGACUACUAUUCUCACGCGAGGAGCGGAAACGGAAGCGGGCAUGUUGA